CCUAGCACUGUUGCCGGCUGUUUUGUAAAGUUUGUUAAGUUAUUUUUUCCGCUCUUUUUUGGCAACAUGACGCAGGCAACAGGUGAUGCACGUGUGCCGGACGAGGAGAGCGAUCUGCUGCAGAUCAAGCCACUCGGCGCUGGCCAGGAAGUGGGACGCUCCUGCAUCAUGCUGGAGUUCAAGGGCAAGAAGAUCAUGCUGGACUGCGGAAUCCACCCGGGACUGUCCGGCAUGGAUGCCCUGCCCUAUGUGGAUCUGAUCGAAGCGGAUGAAAUCGACCUGCUGUUUAUUUCACACUUCCACCUGGACCACUGUGGCGCCCUGCCCUGGUUCCUGAUGAAGACCAGCUUCAAGGGCCGCUGCUUCAUGACCCAUGCCACCAAAGCCAUCUACCGCUGGAUGCUGUCGGAUUACAUCAAGAUCAGCAACAUAUCCACCGAGCAAAUGCUCUACACGGAGGCCGAUCUGGAGGCCUCCAUGGAGAAGAUCGAGACGAUCAACUUCCACGAGGAGCGCGACGUGAUGGGCGUUCGCUUCUGCGCCUACAAUGCCGGUCAUGUGCUGGGAGCUGCCAUGUUCAUGAUCGAGAUUGCUGGCAUCAAGAUCCUGUACACCGGCGACUUCUCCCGCCAGGAGGAUCGGCAUUUGAUGGCCGCCGAGGUGCCGCCCAUGAAGCCGGAUGUCCUGAUCACAGAGUCCACCUACGGCACUCACAUCCACGAGAAGCGAGAGGAUCGCGAGAAUCGUUUCACCUCGCUGGUGCAGAAAAUCGUCCAGCAAGGCGGCAGAUGUCUGAUUCCAGUGUUUGCCCUGGGUCGGGCCCAGGAACUGCUGCUCAUCUUGGAUGAGUUCUGGUCGCAGAACCCGGAUCUGCACGAAAUCCCCAUCUACUAUGCCUCCUCGCUGGCCAAAAAGUGCAUGGCCGUCUACCAGACGUACAUUAACGCCAUGAACGAUCGCAUUCGCAGGCAGAUUGCGGUGAACAACCCCUUUGUUUUCCGGCACAUUUCCAACCUAAAGGGCAUCGAUCACUUCGAGGACAUUGGACCCUGCGUGAUCAUGGCCUCGCCCGGUAUGAUGCAGUCGGGAUUGUCGCGAGAGCUCUUCGAGAGCUGGUGCACAGAUCCCAAGAACGGCGUGAUCAUAGCCGGUUACUGCGUGGAGGGAACUCUGGCCAAGACCAUACUCUCGGAGCCGGAGGAGAUCACAACUCUGUCGGGCCAGAAGCUGCCGCUCAACAUGUCCGUGGACUACAUCUCCUUUUCGGCCCACACGGACUACCAGCAGACCAGCGAGUUCAUCCGCCUGCUGAAGCCCACCCAUGUGGUGCUCGUCCACGGCGAGCAGAACGAGAUGUCUCGCCUGAAGUUGGCCCUGCAGCGGGAAUACGAGGCGGACGCCAGCACGGACAUUAAGUUCUAUAACCCGCGCAAUACACAUGCUGUGGAUCUGUAUUUCCGAGGCGAAAAGACCGCCAAGGUGAUGGGCAGCCUGGCGGCCAAGAACUCGGAGGUGGGCAGCAAACUCUCCGGCGUCUUGGUCAAACGUGACUUCAAAUAUCACCUGCUGGCUCCUUCUGAUCUAGGCAAAUACACGGACAUGAGCAUGUCAGUGGUCACCCAGCGCCAGUCGAUUCCCUGGGGCAGCUCGCUGACCACGCUGGAGCUCCUGCUGGAUCGCAUUGGAGCCGGCUGCGUGGAGGUGCUGGAAGCGGAUCGCAAGCUGCGGGUCUUCGGCUGCAUCGAACUGACUGUGGAGCAGAAGAUCAUCGUGAUGGAGUGGCAGGCAACGCAUGUGAAUGAUGUAUACGCCGACGCCGUUCUGGCCUGCAUAAUGCAGUCGGAGCUGGGCGGAACCAAUCUCAAGGGAGCCACGAAGCAGACCAAGUCGGAGGACUCGCGGUUCCGGGAGUGCCUCAUCGAGACUUUACAGGACACGUUCGGCGACAACUGUGUGCCCAAAAUGUUCAAGGGGGAUUUGCUGCCCGUGAUGGUCAGCGGAAAACGGGCGGAAAUCAAUCUGGAAACACUGGCCGUCAGCUGUGCCGAGGACGACGUCCUGCGGCAGAUGCUCAACACCACGGUGCAGAAGUUGCACCAGACCCUAGUCUCCGCCCAAUAAAUGUCAGAGCCAUUCCGCAAAAUAAAUCUCCGUGUGAGAAUGUUCUUUUUA